AUGGAAGAAGACGCCACCACCCAUCCCCAGGUGCGCCCCCGUCAUCAGGGCGACAAAAUUGCUCCUAAACUUGUCGACCACGCCGAUAAACUCCAUGAUCAAGCAGUCGCUAUGAAAAAAAAUUCUUCCCCACCAGGCGACGAGUCUGGUACUGGUUCUGCUGCCGACACUUCCGGCAGCGACCAUCAACCGGCAGGAGGCUUCGAUAAUACGCCUAUUCCGCAUGCGCCGCCCGGGUACACCUUGCGUUUUACCUUCCAUCGCGGCGACAACCUGCCCUUUGCAGAUUUCGGCUCCUUUUCGUCGGAUCCGUACAUCGUCGCGCAUUUAUCGGUUAACUUGCCACAGCGCCAUAAGCAAGAUCCGGGGCUAACGUUUCGCACUCCCACUGUGCGCAAGAAUUUGAAUCCUGCUUGGGACAGUGAGUGGGUCGUUGCGAACGUACCUGCGUCGGGUUUUGAGCUCAAGUGCGUCGUGUUUGAUGAGGAUGCAGCGGACCACGAUGACAAACUGGGCAAUGCCUACGUGCAGGUCAAUUCGAUUAAUGAGAACUGGCCGGGUAUCCAGGAACAGAAAUUCAAGGUCAAGAAGCGCAUGGGCAGCAAGCGGGUCUAUAUCUUUGGGAAUCUGGCUGCGUUUACUUCGCGACGCAAUGAUCCGGGUUCUUACGUGAUUAUCAGUGUCGAGUGUUUGGGCAAAACACCCGGCAACGAAGGAGGCCAGGUCUACACACAGGGACCUAACUACUGGUUCAAGCACUUCUCGCCAUUGAUUGGGAGAUUGGCAGGGACCAAGGAUGAGGUUCAAGGUCAGGAUGGAAAGAAACCAAUCAGUCGAUACAACUUCCAAGCGAUCCAGAUCCAAUUCCGAGGCCCGGCUCCAUGGCAACUUUACCAUCGUUAUGUCGAAUUUAGACCGUUUGUGGCCGGCAUGUUCACGUCGCAGAGUUUGCGCGGGCGGAUUCUCAACCGAGCCCUGCAUCAUCAACAUGAGCGGGUCUAUAACUUUGACCGCACAACUCAAAACGGACAGUUCUCGUCGCCGUGUUAUGAAAUGACUCAGAAGUUCCUGGAGUUUGCGCACUAUGGCCAAGGUGGGCGAAUCUUUACUUAUGUUCUCACUCUCGACGGACAGUUCCGUUUCACCGAGACAGGCAAGGAAUUUGGAAUCGACCUUUUGAGUAAGCACACGAUGCACAGCAACGUGUCCAUCUACAUUGCAUAUUCGGGCGAGUUUUUCCUUCGGCGACGUAAGCACCGCCACCAUCGGCAUCGUUCGCGUGACGAAGAGAAUGAGAUCCCAGUCGAGGAAGCGCAGGAGGAUGCUCCCAUGGAGGUCUCUACAGAUCCAGCAGACUAUGAACUGUUCAUUGAUAAUGACAGCGGUACAUAUCGACCUAAUGCCAAGUUGCUUCACUUACUCAAGGGAUUCUUGUCGGCAAACCUACCGGGGCUACACAUCACCACCCUGGACUGUCAGGAAGAUGCAGAGCGGAUGGGGACGAUGAAGAAUGAACAGAGAGAAUUCAAGAAGCAGCAAGGUCAACAAAUUACCUUCCUCCAGCAAAGCAGCACCUCCUCCCUGUCCAUCUCCAGUUCCGAAGAAGAAGAACUGGAUGAACUCAGCGGCGUCCGUGCGAAGCAACGCGGCGAAUUCAAGCAACGGAUGCAUGAAAUGCGUGAUGUGAAGGGCCAGGUUAUGAAAUGGGCUCAGGCGGAAGGUGAUCCUCAUGAUCACGAUAAUCACCGUCGUCACCAUCUGAAGCAUCCGAAGCAUCGUCCGGGCACCUCCAGAAAUCCGGCGACUACCGGGCAACUGGGUACAUCUGAGAUUCGGCCUGGAACCUCGUGA